CCGCCGUGUAGGUCUCACCUUGGCCCCAGCCCCGCGCCUCCCGCCCUCCUUCCUCCCUCGCCCAGGGCGUCGGUGACGGACUCCAGCCGCUUUGGCAGAAUAAACCGGUUUGUCUUCACUUCGCCCCUCGAGGCGCCCAGGAGCAUUGCCAGUCCGAGCCUGACAAGUGUGUGCGGCUUUCUCUUUCCCCCCCGCGAGAGGUGAACCUCCUGCCGGGGCGGUGUAGAGCGUAAUAAAAAGGGCAGGGCUUCCAGAAUGGGGAAAGCGUGUUUUCGAUUCAAAUGAAGUAAGGAGUAACAGGAGUCGCCGCUCAGUCCAGGACGCUGGCCCUGGCCAAACGAGCGCUCUCCGGGGACCAACACCGUGGAAGGACGCUUCAUUCAGGUAGAAUGUGGAGCUGCCAUUGGAAAUGGAAGCCAAGCACUCUUCUGUUCUUAUUUGUUCUGUGUUUCAUGUAUGUUCCUCUCUCAGCAGUGUCAGGAUGUGCCAAUUGCAGGAUUGUCUUGUCCAGCUUCUCUGGGAGCUUUGCUUCUCCAUGCUACCCUAAUGACUACCCCAACAGCCAGGCUUGCCUAUGGACCCUGCGAGCUCCCACUGGCUACAUCAUUCAGAUCACAUUUAACGACUUUGACAUUGAAGAAGCUCCCAACUGCAUUUAUGACUCGUUAUCUCUCGACAAUGGAGAGAGCCAGACUAAAUUUUGUGGAGCAACUGCCAAAGGCCUAUCGUUUAACUCAAGUGCGAAUGAGAUGCAUGUAUCCUUUUCAAGUGACUUUAGCAUCCAGAAGAAAGGAUUCAAUGCCAGCUACAGCAGAGUUGCCGUGUCCUUAAGAAAUCAAAAGGUCAUUUUACCCCAGACACUGGAUGCUUACCAGGUGUUCGUUGCAAAAAGUGUCUCCAUUCCGGAGCUGAGCGCUUUCACACUCUGCUUUGAAGCCACUCAAGCUGGAAACGAAGACGACAGCUGGACAGCUUUCUCCUACUUGGAUGCAUCAUCCCUGCAGUGGCUUGGAUUUGGAAAGGCCAGGGAUGGGUACUUCCUAUCCAUUUCUGGCUCAAAAUGCUUGCUGAACAGUGCGUUACCUACGAAGGAAAAGGAAGAUAUUUUCACAGAGAGCUUUGAGCAGCUCUGCAUUGUUUGGAAUAAUUCUUUAGGCUCUGUGGGUGUCAAUUUCAAAAGAAAUUAUGAGACUGUUCCAUGCGAUUCUACCAUUAGUAAAGUUAUCCCUGGGAAUGGGAAAUUGCUUUUGGGCUCCAAUAAAAAUGAAGUAGCCUCUCUGAAAGGAGACAUUUAUAACUUUAGACUUUGGAAUUUUACCAUGGAUUUGAAAAUGCUCUCCAACCUCAGCUGUAACGUGCAAGGGAAUGUGGUAGACUGGCAAAAUGACUUCUGGAAUAUCCCAACCCUGGCUCUGAAGGCUGAGAGCAACCUGAGCUGUGGUUCCUACCUGGUCCCGCUGCCGGCAGCAGAACUAGCCAACUGUGCAGAACUGGGGACCCUCUGUCAAGCAACUGUAAGCUCUACUAGUACUACACCACCCACUGUCACCACUAACAUGCCUGUUACUAAUAGAAUCGAUAAACAAAAGAAUGAUGGAAUUAUGUAUAGAAUAUCCGUAGUGAUUCAAAAUAUCCUGCAUCACCCUGAGGCCAAAGUACAGAGCAAGGUGGCAGAAUGGCUCAAUUCAACUUUCCAGAAUUGGAACUACACUGUUUAUGUGGUUAAUAUCAGCUUUCACCUGAGCACUGGAGAGGACAAGAUUAAAGUCAAGAGAAGCAUUGUGGAUGAUCAAAGGUUGGCGAUUUGGGCCCUUCUAGUUUACAAUGCUACCGAUGGUGAUGUCCCCUUAGAAGGAAAAACCAUUCAGCAGAAGCUUUUACAGAAUAACGCUUCCCUGGAUGUGGGCUUGAGGCUGUACACUGUGAAUGUGAGGCAGCUGGGCACCUGUGUUCCGGAAGAGGAGCCCAAAGGCUUUCACUGGCCAGCUGUCCCGCCGUCUGAGCAAAGCCUCCCAUGUCCUGACAAGCCAGGCUUCUCUGUUUCACGGACAUGUUACGGCAACGCAUCAUUAGCCUUUUGGGGACCCGUUGAUAUCUCCAACUGUUCAAGGGAAGCAAAUGAAGUUGCCAAUCAGAUUUUAAAUUUAACUGCUGAUGGGCAGAACUUAACUUCAGCCAAUAUUAACACCAUUGUAGAACAGGUCAAAAGAAUUGUGAAUAAGGAAGAAAAUAUUGAUAUAACACUCGGCUCGACUCUAAUGAAUAUAUUUUCUAAUAUCUUGAGCAGUUCAGAUAAUGACUUGCUUCAAUCUUCUUCAGAAGCUUUAAAAACAAUUGAUGAAUUGGCCUUCAAGAUAGACCUAAACAGCACCCAACGAGUGAAUAUUACAACUCGGAAUUUGGCUCUUGGAGUAUCAUCCCUGAACCCAGGCACGAAUGCAAUUUCAAAUUUUAGCAUUGGUCUUCCAAGCAAUAAUGAAUCAUAUUUCCAGAUGGAUUUUGAGAGUGGACAAGUGGAUUCAUUGGCUUCUGUAAUUUUACCUCCAAACUUACUUGAGAAUUUAAGUCAAGAAGAUUCUGUAUUAGUUAGAAGAGCACAAUUUACUUUCUUCAAUAAAACUGGACUUUUCCAGGAUGUAGGACCCCAAAGAAAAACCUUAGUGAGCUAUGUGAUGGCAUGCAGUAUUGGAAACAUUACUAUUAAGGAUCUGAAGGAUCCUGUUCAAAUUAAAAUCAAACAUACAAGAACUCAGGAAGUGCAUCAGCCCAUCUGUGCCUUCUGGGAUCUGAACAAAAACAAGAGUUUUGGGGGAUGGAACACGUCGGGAUGUGUCGCUCACACAGAUUCAGAUGCCAGCGAGACCAUAUGCUUGUGUAACCACUUCACACACUUUGGGGUCCUGAUGGACCUUCCAAGAAGUGCCUCCCAGAUAGACGCAAGAAACACCAAAGUCCUCACAUUCAUCACCUAUAUUGGCUGUGGAGUGUCUGCUAUUUUUUCAGCAGCAACUCUCCUGACAUAUGUUGCUUUUGAGAAAUUACGAAGGGAUUAUCCCUCCAAAAUCCUGAUGAACCUCAGUUCAGCCCUGCUGUUCCUGAACCUCAUCUUCCUGCUGGACGGCUGGAUCACCUCCUUUGACGUGGACGCGCUGUGCAUGGCAGUCGCUGCCUUGCUGCACUUCUUCCUCCUGGCCACCUUCACCUGGAUGGGGCUGGAAGCCAUCCACAUGUAUAUUGCGCUAGUAAAAGUAUUUAACACCUACAUCCGCCGCUAUGUUCUCAAAUUUUGCAUCAUCGGUUGGGGUUUGCCUGCCUUAAUAGUGUCGGUUGUUCUGGCAAGCAGAAGACAGAACGAAGUCUAUGGUAAAGAAAGUUACGGGAAAGAACAAGGUGAUGAAUUCUGUUGGAUUCAGGAUCCGGUGGUAUUUUAUGUCACCUGUGCUGGAUAUUUCGGAGUCAUGUUCUUCCUGAAUGUAGCCAUGUUUAUUGUGGUGAUGGUGCAGAUCUGUGGGAGAAAUGGCAAGAGAAGCAACCGGCCGCUGAGAGAAGAGGUUCUAAGGAACCUUCGAAGUGUGGUUAGCCUGACCUUUCUGCUGGGCAUGACGUGGGGAUUUGCUUUCUUUGCCUGGGGACCCUUAAAUAUCCCUUUCAUGUACCUCUUCUCCAUCUUCAAUUCAUUACAAGGCCUAUUUAUAUUUAUCUUCCACUGUGCAAUGAAGGAGAAUGUUCAGAAGCAGUGGAGGAGGCACCUCUGCUGUGGCAGAUUUCGCUUAGCAGACAAUUCAGACUGGAGCAAGACAGCUACCAAUAUCAUCAAGAAGAGUUCUGAUAAUCUAGGGAAAUCUUUGUCUUCAAGUUCCAUUGGUUCCAACUCAACCUAUCUUACAUCCAAAUCUAAAUCCAGCUGUACCACCUAUUUCAAAAGGAAUAGCAACACUGACAGCGCGUCCAUGGAAAAGUCCUUGUCAAAACUGACUCACACUGAUGGAGAACAAACAUCAAUCAUCCCCGUGCACCAGGUUAUUGAUAAGGUCAAGGGUUAUUGCAAUACUCAUUCAGAUAACUUCUAUAAAAAUAUUAUCAUGUCAGACACCUUCAGCCACAGCACCAAGUUUUAAUGUUUUCAGUCUAAGAAAAAGAAAAUCAGUCACGGAAAUGUGAAGAUCUGCAAGCAGAGAAAACUAUGAGGAACAUACGUAAAUGUGCUAUUUCCUAGGUAACUGCAUACAGAUGAGGAAUAUAUUUUGUUAAGGAGGCUUUCAUGAAAUUCAGAAUUUCUCUUUUCAGUAUGUUUAUUAGAUGAAGGCUCCCUCGUCACCAAAACUUCAGUACUGAGAGCAAUGUGACUCAGUAGCCAGAGAGGAUAUGAUUUUGAAAAAUAUGUCAUUGAACUGAGCUAAUCAGAACUGAGGAGCAGACAUUAAUUUAGAGGUCAAAGGAAGAGCAAAA